AGAAAAGCAAUAAGAAAAAGAAAGGGAAACGAAAAUUCGAAAGAACAGAGAAAAAGCAAACCCGACUAGUUACCCUACAAAACUAACCAUCGCAACUGGAACUCGCGCUUUCGAUACUCUUUUUGAUUUUCACCUUUUUCUUGACUGGGGAGAUACUCUUUUGAUUUCUCUGGCCACAUCUGCCUUUCAAUACCCGCUACCAAACCUCCCUCACCUCCAUAAGUAUAUAUAUGCGCACAAUGACGGCACGCCAAUCAUCACCUACAUCCGACCACUCACAUUCGGACGGUAAUGUCCGAAAGAGGGUCUGUAAGGCAUGCGAUCGGUGUAGACUGAAGAAAUCCAAGUGUGACGGAUCCAACCCAUGUGGUCGGUGCAGGACAGAUAAUGCCAUCUGUGUCUUUGGCGAGAGGAAGAAGGCUCACGACAAAGUGUACCCCAAGGGUUAUGUCGAGAUGCUUGAACAGCAACAAACGUGGCUCGUCAAUGGCCUGCAAGAAAUGUACCGUCGCGCCUUGGAGGGCGAAGGCUGGCCGGGAGAGCCCUUGAAAUGCGAGCCCAACGGCCAUCCUCUAACACAUGAUCUGCUUACGCGACUUGGCGCCUUGGACCAGACCAAGGGUGAGCGCUUCGAAGAGAACACAGAGGCUAUGCAGCAAGAUCUCUGGAGGCAGAAUUCCGGACACAUGCAACGCCAGGAGUCAUCCGACGGUAGCUCAGAAAGUGCGCAGUCGCCUAUCAUGCCCUCCCGCUUCUCAGACCCGUUUGCUCGUCAGCUCUCGAGUACGCAAUCCAGCUUUAGCACACCGUCCCAAACACAAGGCCCCACUAUCAAAUCAGAGCCUCAAAUGGCACCGACAAAUCCCGCCUUCGUUGCGCCCAUGACCAUGCAAGGCGUCGUGAAUCCCCUCGCCCUCCAGACCCCGCAACAGUGGCCCAACAAUAACUUUGGCGCUUUCGACGAUAUGGAUCUAAUAGGCGCGUCCGAUUAUACGAAUUUGUCCUUUGACGACCAGGUGCCCUCGCCGAUGUUCAACCGUCAAUUACCGAUGAGCUGCAUGCUUUCCUCUUCGUCCUAUAUGGACACCAAAGGCGACUAUGAAGACAUCAAUCAGUUUUUGAAUGCCAAUGCGCCCGAGAUCGCAUCGACCUGAGAUCACUUCGAUACGACGAAAUUUAGCACAUUAAUGUCUCUCAUUUGUCUGACAUUUGUUUUGCAUACGCCGUACGACGUAACGCGUGUAUAAUAUACAUGCUACAUUUCGACAUUGGACUACUUUUUGAACAUAUGGCAGCACUCCCCUUCAUUAAGAAGGGUAAUUGAUCAGCUGUACAGUGUU